CAGAAGUCAUAUUUCCAUUCAUGCUCGCUGCUUCGUAAUUGGUGCGGGUUACCACUGCAGCACAUUUUUAUUUACAUUUCUCAUGCAAGCAUCCCGUGCGCCAGCUCCGUCAUGGUCCACACCAUCUCCCGUCACCGUGUUCUUACGCAAUGUCCACCUGCUGCGACUCGACCAACAGCCGGACUGGCCAGCCCUCUCCGCUAAACUGUUUUCCGGAGGGCAAAGCACUCAGCUGCAGCGAGUUAAAGGCGUAGAAUCGGCGUUAUACCAUCUUUUCUCCCUGUGGGAUCCUGCCGAAACGAAAACGAAACUUCGUCCUUUCUUUCCACCCUUGGAGCCGUUGCAGUCUAUUAACCUGCGCGCCGCGUUAUUUCGAGCUUUAUCGGAUUUGAAGAAAAAUGGAGAUCUGGGAAGGGAGACAAUUGUGCGGAAGACUAUGUUGGACGAUUGCAAAGGCGCGAAAUUCGAGGAAGUUCUGGCCGUUUUCUCGACUGCGGUUUUACGAAGACUAGUAUCUCAAUCUCAAAUUGAGCCUGGUCUGAGGCUGGCCUUUGCUCAGGCGGUAACUCAUCAAGAGAUUGAAUUGUUCGUUCCAUUGAUAUUGGCCCACCAUUCAGCGUUGGAAAAUACCCGGCAACAUCGAUCUAAGGUACGGGAAAAUUACAGACGGUUUUCUGAUCUGCUUGAUGCAAAGUCCGAGGAGCUCUCAGCUCGCUCGAAUAAAAAUAUUCAAGCCGACGAUGCCCCUUACGCUGAGCGCUUGGAACUAGAAGUCAGGGCCAAUUGGCUUGGCAGCCAGGGCUGGGUGGAUGCUCUGUUGAAUGGAGGGUCUCAUAUUGAAACAGAUGCUUUCUUGGAGCUUCCGUUUGAAACAGCAUGGUCGCAAGCUAAGAAUGCUAACAUCGACGACUUGGUUAGGCCAACGCACCCAGGUUUAGUUCGAGAUGUGAAUAGUUGGAUUGCAGAGUCACGGUAUCGCUUGCAGCGUCUAAACGAUUUGAAAGCAUCAAUACGAAAGAUUGAUACAGAAAGCGGCAUCAAAGUACCAGCGCGCACCCAGGCCAAAAGCAACAGUCUUGUCUUCAAAGACCACCUCACAUUGACGGUUGCAAGUAUCUCAAAAGGAGCCCAGGAAACGACACACACCCCAGUUAUUGUGGAAGAGCACCGGGAUAUUAUAUCUUCACUGAAGGAAACUUUGGCCCAAAUAGAUGGUGGGGAAACUGAAAACACUGAACAGGCUCAGAAGAUUCAUCCCCGCUUGUUGGAAAGGCUACCGGGAAAUAAGUUUUCACAUAACAUCCACGCUUUAUCCCCUAUACCUGAUAGUGAUCAGUACAGUCGUUCUCCGUCUCCCAACAUUCAGGUGAUAACUCCGGAACAUGAAACCCGUCCGAUGACUCCGGAUUCACACGAUAAACCCGCUUUCACGCAGUCAUUAUCUGAUAUCGACGAUAGCGUAAAUAUGCCGGUAGUUGAUUCUCUCGACCAACCUAUGGUUCAAGACGAGAGUCCAAAUCUGGAGCAGCAAUCCAGCCCACCAGAACCCAAACUCCCAGUUCUUCCGAGCGACAAGUUCGAACACCGCCCGUCUUCGCUGCUGGAAAGAACUAGGCAAUCAAUGUCUCUAUUACCUCCGCUACCUACAAACCGAUCACGACAAUCUCUCGCUGCACGACGCCAGACACGGCAAUCACAGAUCUUCUCUAUCAACCAAUUUGAGACCCCGCCUAAAGAACGACACUCGCUGUCAGGCUCUGGAGCGUCUACGCCACGUGAUGACUUAUUCUCUGAGGACGCUGAUUAUGCUAGUGUGUUUAAAAGUCGGCCUCGUAUAGCUCAAAGCCCUCUGAUGUCUCCGGCUGUCCACGUUGGCCUGGAUACUAACGAAGGCGUAUACGAGGAGGACGAAAGCGUGAUAGAUCUGGCGGCUGAUGGAUCCCCGUUGCCGAGAAGGAUGAGAUGAAUAUACGAGAUACGAUGAACGAGGAAUGAAUACCUGCAUAUAUGUACAGCA